GUUUCUUGAUGCCGAGGUGAACGUUCCAGAGUAAUGGCGGCAUGCCGGGGUUCCUCGUCAAAAUGGUUUUUCAGCCGAGAACAGCUAGAAAACACACCGUCACGCCGAUGUGGAGUGGAAUCAGACCGGGAGCUCUCCUAUCGACAACAAGCGGCUAAUCUGAUCCAGGACAUGGGUCAGAGGCUCAACGUCUCUCAAUUGACAAUAAACACAGCUAUCGUUUACAUGCAUAGAUUUUAUAUGCAACAUUCUUUCACCAAAUUCCAUAGAAAUAUAAUAUCUCCAACCACCUUGUUUUUGGCUGCAAAAGUUGAAGAGCAACCCCGGAAGCUUGAGCAUGUAAUCAAAGUAGCACAUGCUUGCUUAAAUCCACAGGAACCUCCUCUAGACACGAAAAGUAACGCAUACCUCCAGCAAGCUCAAGAGCUGGUGAUACUUGAAUCCAUUGUGCUGCAGACCCUGGGCUUUGAAAUUACUAUUGAUCACCCACACACUGAUGUGGUGAAAUGUACCCAGCUAGUGCGAGCAAGCAAGGAUCUGGCACAGACUUCCUAUUUCAUGGCUACCAACAGUUUGCACCUCACCACCUUCUGCCUCCAGUACAAGCCCACAGUGAUCGCCUGUGUGUGCAUACAUCUGGCCUGCAAGUGGUCCAACUGGGAGAUCCCGGUUUCCACUGACGGGAAACAUUGGUGGCAGUAUGUUGACAACACGGUGACUCUGGAGCUGCUUGAUGAGCUGACCCAUGAGUUUCUGCAGAUUCUGGAGAAAACUCCAAGCAGGCUAAAGAGAAUCCGAAACUGGAGGGCAACACAAGCUGCCAAAAAGCCUAAAACUGAAAACACGGCGUCAGGAGAUACCACAUAUGCUGGACCAUCGUUGCUUCAUGACCACAGUGACGCAGCGCUUCAUGGAGUUUCCUCUUCCAACCCAAGUUUUUCCAAAGCAUGUGCUGCGUUUUCUGUACCCAUGACCGGACAUUCCAGAGGAAUCCCCUUAUCUCUGGACAACAUGGCUGCAACGUUUAAUCCAGCUAGCCAUGGUGAAUGGCCUCAGGUUAACCAGAGCCAUACAGGGUACCCCUCCACUUGUGUCAAACAGGAACCGCUCAGCCUCCCUAUCCAUGAAUCCAUGCUGUCAUUGCAGACUUCUUCCUCCUCUCUGCUCCAGCAACCACUGCCUUACAAGACUGAAAAAAUAGAUUUAAACCUUGUUAAACAGGAGAAAGUAAGUAGUGGCAGUGGAGCAGGCAAACAACACCCAGCACCUCAGUCUUACCCCAUUUCCACUCAGCCUCCUCCUGUUCAGAAGCUUUCUCUAGAUAAAUACAGAGAGAAACAUUCUGUGGAGUACACUGUCCAGAAACGUAGACAGGAACACCAUGGAGGAGUAAUGGACUGUGAUGUAAAAGGAGAUCAGGCCUCUUCUAGCUAUGCACCAGCCAACAUUUCCCAGAUAGAGCAUAGGAAACAUGCUCAGGCCCACCAAGCCUCUAACAGCAGCACUACAGCCUCCCAAUCGAAAAUGAAAAUCCCUCCUGCCUCAGCUUCAGGACAAGACCGACGCCAUCAUGGAGACAAAUGGGACAAAGGCACACUUAAGGUUCGCCUGCCCGUCCCCGGGUCCAGCGGCAGCUCUCAGCCAGAGAAAAGCGGACAUCAGAGCAAGGACGAGUUUAAGAUGAAGAUCAAAGUCUCAUCAUCAGAGCGGCACAGCUCGUCAGAUGAAGGCAUUUCUGCCAACAACAGCAAGAGCAAACAUUCCAGCCCCCUGGUGAGCAAAGAAAAGCACCGCGGCACAGAACACCACCUCCAUCGCUCCCACAAGCACAGUGGCAACGGGCGAGGGGGUUUAGAGGGUGCAGCCUUGAUGCGUGUUCCUCCAGGGCUGGUCGCUAUGGAAGGAAUGCCACUCGGCCAUCCCGCAUCUGCCUCUUUGUCAUCUUCAUCGCGAAAGAGGGUCUAUCCUGAGGUCGGCCACAACCACCACCCCUCAUCCUCGAGCUCCAAAGUGAGCAAAAUCUCCAAGAGUGGCACUAGUGCUACAGGUACUCCUCUUUUUUCAUCCCCCUUUCCUCCUCCUCCUCUUCACUCCUCUCCUGUACUGCAGUGUGUCUCAUCUGGCUCGCAGCUCUGUGGCUAACCCCUCCCUCCUUCCUCCUCCUCCUCUUCCUCCUUAUUCUUGUCUCCUCCCCUCCUGUCAUACCCAGGUGGGCUGCGGACCUCUGAGCAGUUCCUUCGUCCUGGCGAAUCGCCACACGAAGUGGGAGAGCAGAGACACUGAGUCCGCCGCCCUUCAGCCAUGGCCUGCACAUGGAAAUGGCAUCAAACUACCGACCACUGAGACUUUCAAGAAUAUGCUGACCUCUUUGUCAAGUGCCCUAAGAAAUAAUGCUUGUGAAUAUGAACCCUUUACUAAGGCAGAAAACAUUUCUGCUAAUAAGUGUUGGACUUGUCUGUUUCUCACACGUCAGGGCUGCGUUGUUCAGUCCCAUCUUUGUUAGUGUCCAAUUGCUGCUCGGUCAUCACUUUCUCAAAUGCAUCGAAGAAUGAAAGGGGAAGUCUGAGUUGGGGAAAGGUUGAGUGAUGCUCCCAUCUCCACUUUGUAAGUCCUCCAUAUGGAAAGAUGAGUAUUACAGUUUUUAUAAAAGCAUGGAAGGUGCACUUUCUUUUUCAUCUUUUUUUGUUUUGUUUAGUAAUUUAAGUAAAUGCCUGAUUAUAUGGAAGAAAUUGAUGGCCAGCUGGAGAUGAGUUAAGUUUAUGUUUGCUAGAAUUCCACUCAAUUGUUUAAUGGAUGCAGUUUUUUUUAGGUGUAAAGUCUCAUCUCCAAAACUACUUUCUGGUCCUGAUUUCUUUAUAUGCUUAAACUGCAUUUGAUUUGCAUGUUUCAAUCAUCAAAGGGAAAAGAGAGAAGAGUGCUUAGUUGCUGUUUACAAAAAAAGAAAAAAAUGUAAAUAUGUUUCUUUUGUAUGUUUAAAGAAAAAGCUAUACCAUGACUACUCAGGUUUGGAGCUGCUUGUAAUUUUAACAAGAUGAGUAUAAAAGGUUUAUUUCCCUGAUCAGUGGGUUUUAGGGCAUAGUCGGCUGAUUGUUUGCAUCAUUCAAGGAAUCUUAAGCUUCCUCUAGACGGUGAUGAACAUCUGAUUCCCACUGCAGCAUCUACAGAAAUCUUUUGUUUUUUUGUACCAAAAACCAUGACUUCCAAGCAGACCUUCAGCUUGAUGCCAAAGGUUCUGCCUUACUAAAAGGGAUAUGAAUAAUAAACUACUACAGUUUACAUCAAUAGGAUCAAGUAUUACAUAAAGUUACAAGCCCAUUUAAUCUCAUCUUUAGGUCAUAUUCCAUAUUAGAUUCAUUAAAAUAUUGAACUUCUUUUGUGUCAUUCUUCUGCAGCUAAGGUCAGAGCAAAUAUUGUCUCCCAUUUAUGCACAUGGAAUUAGCUUUACCAUAAAACAAUACAUUUCUCUAUGAAGCCUGUACCUGUUUUUUUUAUCCCCUAUGUAUUGUAGAACACCAUAAAAACCGAAUGAAACCAAGAUAAGGGGUUUAUAUAAUGGAAGGAUUUACCAUGGACCAUUCCAAAUGUUUUGGGAAAGAAAGGGCCACUCAUCUAUAUUUUAAUGUAAUGAAUAAACUUCAUUGCCACCACCAUGACACUGUGCAGCAUCUUAUUAAGUUUAUGCCUGUUGCAUGAAGUAAAGUUUGAACGGUACAUGGUUUAAAAUCAGAAAAGGCUUUAUUGCCAAGUACUUUUUCACAAAUUAAAGGUAUUGCACUUAAGGACACGGCUCUAGAAUAAACGUAACAGAAAAAGUGGCAACUAUUAGAAAUGCCUUUACCUCAUU